ACAAUCCUAUGGUGCAGUUUACAAGAAACCUUAUAGGAAGUGUUCCAAUUAAUGAAUACAUAUUAAAGGAAAAAUUUCAAUCCAGUGGUAUUUAUGAUGGCGAGUAUAAAAAUUGGUAUCCUUGGGUAGAACAGGAUGUUUCUAUGGAUGCGCCAUCAAACAACAAUUUACAGCCAAAUACUUCAAAUGCCGUAUAAUUAAUAAAGAAUGGCAGUUGAGGUAUAGAAGAGUAUGUGAAACUAGCGGGAU